AUGGAAUCAUUGAAAGAAUUGAAGAGUUAUCAAAUAAUUAUUCCCGUAUCGUUGGUUGCUGUUUUAGUAGCUUUUAUAGUUGCAUGCUUAAUAUUAACCUUAGUUAUAUAUAUAAAACGAUUGCAUACAGUAACACAUCUAUUAAUUUGUAAUACGUCGAUUUCUUCGAUAUUCUAUUGUAUAGUACAAUGUGUUAACUAUGUUUUUCUUUUAUUUAUUCGAUGGGAAAUAAAUGAUACAUCAUGUCGAUGGCGUGGAUUUUUUGGCUAUAUGGCAGUUGCAGCUGUUAUUUAUUCUUAUUUAAUUCAAGCUACAUCACGUUUUUUUUUUUCAAUUCUUUCAACUAAAUAUCCAUGGAUUACUUCAUUUAAAACUCAUAUUAUUCUUAUUUUUAUUCAAUGGAUUAUAGUUGUAUUAAUACCAUUACCAGCACUUCUUACUGAUGACAUUCAUUAUCGUCCAUUUACUCUUUGUUGGGUACCAAAAAAAUAUACUUUACAUGUAAUAUAUACUGUUCUUGCUUAUUAUUUAAUUCCAGCAAUAUUAAUAUUUGCUAUAUAUAUUUAUAUUUACAUUUGUAUGAAACAUCCUAGAUACAGAGUAUUUAUAGUAACAGCAAGAAGACGUUCAAAUCGUGAUCUUGAAGUUUUAUGCAAUAUAAUGAUUUUAUUUGCUAUAUAUACAUUAGGUGCUAUACCAACAAUACUUUAUUUAUUAACUAAUAUUCGUUUUCUUUACGGAAUGGGUAUUGUUACAGUAUCGUUUACAGUAGCAAUUGAAAAAAUUGUUACACUUAUACUCGAUCGUGAUAUCAGAAAUAUUAUUAAACUUUAUCUUCGUCGAUCAAUGGUACAAAUUAGACCGAUUUCUUAA